AUGUUGAGGACGGCGCUGCUGGGUGCGCGGCCUCUACGCAGCUUCGCGGGCUCCGCGCCCCGCACCCGCCUCCCGGGUGCCCCGCCACAAAGUCACUGGCAGGAAGCGCGCACCCAGUACCAUUACCGCGCCAGGAGCCGUCGCCAGAGCCGCGCCGUGUCGGGCGACGUGGUGGUGCUGGGGCUCAUCUCCGUCAACGCCGUGACCACCAUGGCGUGGCUGCGCGCGCAGGCGCCUUCGCCGCGGCACCCGGCGCAGCGGCUGCGCAGCUUCAAGCCGUCCAUGCGCACGAUGCUCACGCACUUCACCACGUCCACGCAGCACCUGCAGGAGGGGCGCUACUACACGCUGCUGACGGCCAUGUUCAGCCAGGCCACGCUGGGCCACCUGGGCGCCAACAUGCUGGGGCUCUACUUCUUCGGCCGGCAGAUGUGCGACGUGCUGGGCCACCGCAAGUUCCUCGGGCUGUACCUGGCCAGCGGCGUGCUGUCGUCCGCGGCCGCCGUGUUUGAGCAGCACCUGUCCGGCCGCCUGAGCUACAACCUCGGCGCCAGCGGAGCCGUGAACGGCAUCACGGCCAUGAGCAUCCUGCUGUUCCCGCACGGGACGCUGCUGAUCUUCGGCAUCGUGCCCAUGCCCGCGUGGCUGGCCGGCUCGCUGUUCAUCUUCAAGGACGCGUACUCGUUCGUGACGGACAGGCAGGACGGCAUCGGACACGUCGCGCACCUCAGCGGCGCCUUUAUCGGCGGCGUGUACUACUACUACCUGCGUCGUGGUGGCUUCCGGAGCCUCCGACGCUUCUGA